AUGACUAAAACAAGAGCACCAUUAUGUAGGUUUCGCCGCAAAAAUAAAAAUCAAUUAAACGAUAAUAUGGACCCAAAUAACGAUAACGGAAUGGAAUCCGAAGAUGAAUUGAACGUAACAAACGAAAAUGAAAAUUAUGAAAACUAUACACAAAAUGAAUUAAAUAAUAACCAUAAUACAAAUGAAACAAGCGAUACGGAAGAGGAGGUGGAGCUGGAGGAUAUCAGAAAUCUGUCAAUCACAAUGGGAGAAAACUCGCAACUGUCAAAGUUGCAGACGUUCGUAUCAAAUAAGCUGACGGAGAUGAUCAAAAGAACAAGUCUGGGAGAGAAGUGCAUGGACUCUUUGGCGCCACUGUGCCUGGGCGGCAACGGAGGAGAAUGCGGUCCAAUAGAUAAGCUACUGGGCUGUUUCGCAGAAGGAGGAAACGGGGUAAACGAAAAUGAACUGCAAGUGCCAGAAGCAGAGUCGUUCAGAGACCCGCCAACAUUGCCAUCAGGAAUUAAGUUCGUGGACGAUUUUAAUAAACUGCUGGACAAAUGGACAGAAGAAGCCUCUAACACACAGGGAGGACAAGGAACACCAGGAGCAAACGUAUUUAAACUAUUCAACCUAUCGGCACUACUGAAGCACCUGGGAGACCCAAGGUACGUGGAAAUCCUAAACAAGCUGAAACUAAAUAACCUCGAAAAAACCUGGGAACAGAUACUGGGAGGAAACGGAGAGCAGGCAGAAGGAGCACACCUGGUGAUGCAUCCACUGCCAGAGCUGCCGAAUCCAAAAGCAGUGUCAAACUGUAACACAAAGCUGGUGGACUUGCCUCAAUUGGAAGAUAAAAACGUAGACGAACACGCCUUUAAGCUGUAUUGGGCGUACACAAACACAUGGCUGAGUAAGAUGUUCGGCCCUUCAUUUAAAAAUACAAGCUUCCUCCAGCCCACGAGAAACUGGUACAUGAACAUGGAGAGAGCGUCGCAACUUUUCUUCCUAAGGUUGUCAAAAACACUGUGUUCAGCAUAG